CCUACCUCCGGGGAGGAUCUGGGAGGACCUGCCCAAGCCAAGGUUCCUGCCAACUGGGCACUGAGGGGCAGCUGGCUCAGGGCUGGCGUCUUGGGAAACAGGGACGCAGCCCUACUCUGGGCCCAGGCCAGUGGCCUCCAUGUUGAUUCACCCACCCCCUCGCAGACCUGCACCCGUUCCAGCGGGCAGCACCCAAGGAUGGUGCAGGAGAUGCUGUGUGGGAUACCCAAGGCGGGGCCCUUCUUGGGGCGGAAGGGGCGAGGCCGCGGGUCUGGCAGCGUGCUGGUAGGAGGCUCUGAAGGCGAGGCAGGGAGAAGGCCGAGGGGGCUGGAGGUUGGGCCCGGGGCGUGGGAAGGUUUCAAGCAGGGGCUGGUUUAUGUUUUCAAAGCUCCGUCUGGGGUCUGGAGACCCCCACCCCCCAAAGCAGUGGCUGAAGAGGCUUGGGCAGGACCUGGGCUGACCCUUGGCCCCUCCCCAGCGGUGCUGGCUGGCUCCCACCCACCCUGCUUCAUGGCGGCUGAAGAGAUGCACUGGCCUGUCCCCAUGAAGGCCAUUGGUGCCCAGAACCUGCUGACCAUGCCUGGGGGUGUGACCAAGGCUGGCUACCUGCACAAGAAGGGUGGCACCCAGCUGCAGCUGCUCAAAUGGCCCCUGCGCUUUGUCAUCAUCCACAAACGAUGCAUCUACUACUUCAAAAGCAGCACGUCCGCCUCCCCACAGGGCGCCUUCUCGCUGAGCGGCUACAACCGGGUGAUGCGGGCGGCUGAGGAGACGACGUCCAACAACGUCUUCCCCUUCAAGAUUGUCCACAUCAGCAAGAAGCACCGCACGUGGUUCUUCUCAGCCUCCUCUGAGGACGAGCGCAAGAGCUGGAUGGUCUUACUGCGCAGAGAGAUCGGCCACCUCCACGAGAAAAAGGAGCUGCCUCUGGACACCAGUGACUCCAGCUCGGACACGGACAGCUUCUACGGUGCGGUCGAACGGCCUGUGGACAUCAGCCUCUCUCCGUACCCCACAGACAACGAAGACUAUGAUGAUGAGGAUGACUCGUACCUGGAGCCUGACUCCCCUGAGCCUGGCAAGCCUGAGGAUGCCCUGAUCCAUCCGCCGGCCUACCCCCCGCCGCCUGUGCCCACACUCAGGAAGCCAGCCUUCUCCGAUGUGCUCCGUGCCCACUCCUUUACCUCCAAGGGCCCAGGCCCUCUGCUUCCACCCCCGCCCCCUAAGCGUUGUCUCCCCGAUGCUGGCCUGGCUCCCGAGGACCCCAAGAGGGACCUGCUGGGCCUGAGGUGGGCUGAGUCUGGCCCCAGAGUUCCUGCUGCCUCCCGGAGGAUGAGCGACCCCCCGCUGGGCAGCCUGCCCACCUUGCCCAACCUCCGGAAACCGCCUUGCUUUCAUGAGAGCACCAGCCCCGGCCCAGAGCCCCGGAUCCCCAGCCAUGGGUCCAGCUCUGCCAGCACGGUCACUGCCACCUCCAGGAACUGUGAUAAACUCAAGUCCUUCCACCUGUCCCCCCGGGGGCCGCCCACGCCUGAGCCCCCGCCUGUGCCAGCCAACAAACCCAAGUUCCUGAAGAUAAUUGAAGAGGCCUCCCCGAGGGACACAGCCAGGCCUGGACUCGUGCCCACUGUGGCCCCCAGGCCUCCUGCAUUGAAGCUGCCCAUGCCGGAAGCCACAGCCCGACUUGCAGUCCUGCCCAGGCCAGAGAAGCCACCCCUCCCCCAACUCCAGCGAUCGCCCCCUGAUGGCCAGAGUUUCAGGAGCUUCGCCUUUGAAAAACCCCGUCUACCCUCGCAGGCCGAGUCCUUGCAGUCCGACACUGGUGGGGGUGACUCUGACGAGGACUAUGAGAAGGUGCCGCUGCCCAGCUCGGUCUUCGUCAACACCACGGAAUCCUAUGAAGUGGAGAGACUGUUCAAAGCCACAGCCCCACGGGGAGAACCCCAGGACGGACUUUACUGCAUUCGGAACUCCUCCACGAAGUCCGGGAAGGUGCUGGUCGUGUGGGACGAAACCUCCAGCAAAGUAAGGAACUACCGUGUCUUUGAGAAGGACUCUAAAUUCUACCUGGAGGGCGAGGUCCUGUUUGUGAGUGUGGGCAGCCUGGUGGAACACUACCACACCCACACGCUGCCCGGCCACCAGAGCCUGCUGCUGCAGCACCCCUACGGCUACACCGGGCCCAGGUGACACCAGCACCUCAUGCUACGGGGAAGAGGCGACUAUGGGGCCAGCACCCCAGGCCACGCAGAUGAGACUGGCAUUCAUGGGAGGCGGAGCAGGAGUGCGUGCCCUGCUCUGACCUGAGGCCUCCCCAACACACACCUUGUGGAAUUUGCCAGGCCAGGCCCCACACAGCAGACUGGGUCCUUGGAGUUAGGCCAGGCCUCAGGCCCCAGGCCCCCAAGGACUGGGGGGCUUUCCUAUCCCACCCCACCCACCCCAUCACACUUCCCAGGAGCCCGGGGUCCUGGGACCAAGCCCCACCUGGGCUUCGUGGACAGGAAUUCUGGUUCCCCCGCCCCCAGCACACUCACGUUGUACUGGGCUGGGAGCUGGGCAGGGCAUUUGGGGUUGGGGCAGGGGCUGGCCCCAGAACCCCACCAGGAACGCUAAGGCCCAGGCUCCAGGAGGGGCCUGUGCCACACAAUAAAGCACAGAUGACCUUUGA